UCUUGAAAGUUUUUUGUGUCUGCACAAUUGCAAUUUGCAAUAAUAGGGCUUCGACUUUUUGGGGGGAGAGAAGAGAAGGAAACGUAGACGCCUCUCUUCAGGGAUUGAAUGGACUCAGAGUGUCAGGAGUAGAAGGCAUUUCGGCUUUUUUGACAAGAUUACUUUAAAAAAUUGUGGUGAUGCAGCGGUGAUGUGGAGAGUGCUUUGUGGUAAAACUCAAUAGCUGCAAUGGCGGUGAUGUUGGAGACGAGCCUGGGUGAGCUGGUGGUGGACCUGUUCACGGACGACUGCCCAAUCACAACCAGGAACUUUUUGAAGCUGUGCAAGAUCAAGUACUACAAUAACUGCCUCUUCCAUGACGUCAAGAAGGACUUUCUGGCGCAGACUGGGGACCCCACAGGCACCGGGAAAGGAGGGGACUCUAUCUACAAGUUUCUGUACGGCGACCAGGCGCGCUUCUUUGAGGACGAGAUCCAUCCGAAACUGAAGCACGCAAAGAAAGGAACCGUGGCGAUGGCGAGCGGGGGGGAGAACCUGAACGCAUCCCAAUUCUACAUCACGCUCAGGGACGAGCUGGAUUACCUGGAUGAAAAGCACACAGUUUUCGGCGAGGUAGCUGAGGGCUUUGAAGCGUUGGACCGAAUCAACGAAACCUUCGUCGACGAGUCUGGGAGGCCGUACAAAAACCUCCGCAUCAAGCAUACCCACGUGCUGGACGAUCCGUUUGAAGAUCCUCCGGGGCUCGAGGCGCUCAUCCCGGACCGCUCGCCCGACUUUGUUCCGGACGAGGGCCCCGACGUGCGCCUUGAAGAGGACUGGGUACCCAUGGACGAGACGAUGGACGAGGAGGAGCUGCACAAGACGAUCCGCGAGAAAGAAGCGCACGGCCGCGCGGUAGUGCUCGAAAUGAUUGGCGAUCUGCCCGAGGCCGACGUGAAGCCGCCCGAGAACGUGCUCUUCAUCUGCAAGCUUAACCCGGUCACGCAGGAGGACGACCUGGAGAUCAUCUUCUCGCGCUUCGGCAAGAUCGUGUCCGCUGACAUCAUCCGCGACUUCAAGACGGGCGACAGCCUGUGCUACGGCUUCAUCGAGUUCGAGUCGAAAGAGGCGUGCGAGGCGGCCUACUUCAAAAUGGACAAUGUGCUCAUCGACGACCGCCGGAUCCACGUGGACUUCAGCCAGUCGGUCGGGAAGCUGUGGAACCGUUACCGCAAGAUCGGGACCAAGGAUUCGGCCGACGCGGGUGGCAGCAGCUACGCCCCCGGAGCCGCCCGUUCCAAGGGCUGCUUUAACUGCGGCCAGGAGGGGCAUAUGGCGAAAGAUUGCCCGGAGCCCAAGGGGGGGGGUCCAAACGCCCCGCCGAGGGGCCCCCGAGUAGAGUUGAAAGAAAGAGGGGUCCGGCAAAUAGGCGGGGCGAGCGGCCAGUACGAUAUGGUGUUUGACGACGGUGCAGGGCAGAGGAGCCGGCCUUCUUAUGAUAAGAGGCGGGUGGAGUAUGAGAGGGAGGGGGAUAGGAAGCGGCACAGGGAGGAUGCGGGAGAGGAUGUCAGACGAUCACGCGAUGAAAUGAGGGAAAAAGGAGACUGGCAUAGAAACGAUCGAGAAGCGAGAAAGGGGGGUGAGAGCGAUCGACGAAAAGGCGAUCAUUUGGACCGACAUUUCCGGGACGAUAGAACCGGUCGGGAAGAGGGAAGGGGCCGAGAAGAGAAGAACGGUGAUACGAAGGAAAGAGGACGCGGCAGACACGAAGCGGAGGUGGGGGAUAGGAGGCAAAGGGAAAAGUCGCAUGAGAGGGGGCAUAAAGACGGCGGUCGCUCGAAAGAGCACAGAAAGGAAGAGCGAGAAGCUGAGCAUCAUCGGCGGAGAGAUGAGGGGCAUAGAAGGGAGGAAUUUGGGCAAAGGUCCAGGGAGGAUAGAAGGGACAAGGACAGGCGGGAAGAGAGGGGCGGCGAGUCACGAAGGCGUGAGGAUGAUGAACGGCAUAGGAGGCAAGGCAGGUAAUAAAGAGGUCUUAAUGGAGCAACAGACCUGUGCAACAGCGCACGUUCUUCGACUCUCUCAAUAUAAGCUGAGCCUCCAUGUCCAUUGACGGUGCCAUUCUCAUAUUGUUGUCUCACGCACCCAGCAC